AUGGCAGCCGUCCAAUCUGGUGCUGCGGGCAGGGUGCAGAUGUCCCGCGACGCUUUCGCUGUAGCUCGUGAACAAGCGGAAGGCGCCAAGGGCUCAGGGGCUGCGAGCGCAGCUUUCGUGGCAGGCUUCCUGAAGAUCGGGAGGUCUCCAAGCAGGAGCCGAGAAUCGCGGAGCCGAAAAUCGCGCAGCCGAUCCGCCUCGCCUCUCGCGUCGGAUGCAGAUCCUCCUGAGGCACUGCAGCAGGCGCGGCGCUGGCUGGCAGGGGCGCAGCGCGUGGCCGUCCUCACCGGUGCAGGGAUCUCCACUGACUCUGGCGUGCCGGACUUCCGUGGCCCGUCCGGUGUGUGGACCAAGGACCCAAGCAUGCAGCGCUUAGUCGACCUGGAUGCGUGGAUGAACGAGCCUGAGAUUCGAGUAAAGGGCUGGCGCUGGCUCAAGAGCUGGCGCUUGGACGAGCUUGCGCCAAACCCGGGCCACGAGGCAGUUGUGGAGCUACACCGGCAAGGCAAGCUCCUCCUGUGUGUUACCCAGAACACAGAAGGAUUGCAAGAGCGGGCGGGGCUACCCGCCAAUGUUCUGGUCACCAUCCACGGCAGCCGUCGGCAUGUGAACUGCAUGCGACGACGCAUGGAUCGGUGGCUUGACUUCUCUUCCGCGCCUUGUGCUUCCGAGAUGUCGGAGAAGGAAUGCGAUUUCUGGUGCUAUUCCAGCGAUCUUCUUCAGCGGGUGAAUGCUGGAGAGCCGGAUCCAUGCUGCCCCAAGUGUGGAUCAAUAUUGAAGACUGCCAACAUCUCCUUUGGGCAGAGCCUCGUUCCCGGGGACAUUCGCCGAGCAGAGGUGGCUGCACAGGAGUGCGACGUGCUGCUGGCGGUGGGAAGCACGUUGAGCGUCUAUCCGGUCGCCAACAUGGUGCCCAUUUCCAAGAGAGCCGGGGCUAAAGUGAUCAUCGUGAAUGCUGAAGCCACGGCACUGGAUGAACUAGCCGAUGUGAUCCUGCGCGGAUCCAUCAGCCACCUUCUACCCCAGCUGGUUCUGCGAAAGCUCACGGAUGACACCAAGACCGCCCCAGAGCUCUUCAACCUGGGUCUGCCCGACCUGGCACUGGGAGUCCUUGGCCAAGAUCGGCUCGGCAACGAUGGCACCAUGCGCCGCAUGGCUGCGGAGGUCCUCGUGCGCACCGUGUCCUACACCCUGAGCUUUCAGAGUCCGCAGCCUCGGCUCGCACGGUGCUCUUCGAGAGCUGGAAUAGCACUCUGUUCCUUUUGGAGAGUGUAUCAGGCAAGCAGCCGGCCAUCUGUGCGAGCACAGAGCCAAGAGAGUGCCAAGAGCUCUUUUCAAAGCAUGCUUUUGAGAAUGCUGGAUGUGUCGGCCAUCCCAAACCUGCCGGGCUUCACGGUGAAGACGAAGAAGAAGAACCACGGCAGGUGUCACACCUUCAGCUUGGUCAAUGGCGUCCGCAUCGAGCAGUCGGAAGGCAUGACGUUCGACAAGCCCAAGUUCGUGAAGGUGCCUUUGAACCUGGAGCCGAAGAGACUCGGCUCCAUGGGGGAGACCACCGUGAACGCAGAUUACAAGGACGUCUCGCGCCGUGGGCCGUGGGCGAGAAAGGUUGCGCACCAAAAUGCCCUGCGCCAGGAUCACGUCCAGGCCUCGCAGACCGAAGCUCCUGCGUGGGAUGUGCUGGACAGGCAUGUGCUGCGCUUCUACGGCCAGUUUCAAGAGUCGGUGGUGGAAACAAACCUCGAAAACUACAGGACAGCAGCUCAGACAUGCAAGGCAAGCAUGCAGGAGCCACUUCCGGAGGUUCCAUCCGCAAUGGGUAAUCUCAGCCAUGUUGCCUUGCGUCUCAGGGUACGGAACUGCGUCAUCAUGUACUACCUGGAGGACGACACGUGCCACAUCACCGAGCGAAAGGUGGAGAACAGCGGCAUCAUGCAAGGGCAGCUCCUUCGCCGACAUCGCUUCCCAGGGCCGGAGGGCUACCUCUCAUGGCAGGACCUGCGAGUAGGAGGCGAGCUCCACGUCUACGGCCGUGUCAUCCAGAUCCUGGACUGCGACGAGUGGACGCGAAAGUACUACACGGAGAUGGGCAUGGACCAGGACGCGGGCCUGGAGCCUGCCAUGGACUCCUUCGCGGAGACGCAGUUCGAGAUCGCCGGGGGAGGAUGUGGAGGGGAGCCUUCCAAGUCGGGAGGACGGCCAAAGGUGCACCAGCCCCGAUCCUAUGAGACUGUCUACCGCGAGCAGCGCAUCGGGGGUGGGCAUAUCAACGUCAACAUGCAGCAGCGCCUCGGCCAUGCACUCUUGAGCUUCACGGAUCAGCGAAGGUUCAUGGAUUGGGACCGCAAGGUCUGCCGCUUCUACGCUGUGUUUGACGAUCUAAAGACGCCUCAGUUCGAGCGGAGGCCUUUUGAGAUCUUGUACUUCCUCGCGGAUGACACUGUCGAGAUCCGGGAGAAGUAUCCUCUCAACUGUGGCCGAGAUCCCUUUCCGAUCUUCUUCCGAAGGGGCAAGCUGGGCCGAGGGCAGGCCAAGGUGAUGGGCCCGCUGGACAGGCUCCAGAAGAAGGAUGAGCUCAUCAGCCUGGACGACUUCGGCAUCGGUGAGUCUCCAGAGCUUUUGGGCCAACGCUUCUUUAUCUAUGAUGCCGACGACUUCACCAGGCCCUUGCUGGCAUUGUCCCCGCGGUACUACGAGAAGGAGCUCGGCCUCAAGCUGGCCGAGGCCGUGGACGUGAGACUUCCAGACCGGACAGUGCCCAGGCCGAAGACACCGCCGUACACAGGCUACGGAACCUGGGAUGAUUCCAUGGGCUCGGUGCAUUCCUUGGCGCCGAAGCCUCCGAAGAAGGAUCUGGUGAAGCUCUUCGAGAACGAGGGCCGCAUUCUGCGCUUCACUGCCCAGCUCUACAAGGCGAAGGCCGAGGAUGCCGACCGCCUCUUCAUUGUGAACUUCCACCUCUUCGACGACACCCUGUCCAUCCAUGAGCCUCCGCAGCGGAAUAUGGGCAUCUUGACCGGCAAAUUCCUGGAGAAGAGCAUCCAUCUCAACCAGGAGACCGGCGCCCUCUUCAAGGUGGAGGAUUUCAUGCCUGGCAAUGUCAUCAAGGUCUACAAUCGGGAGUUCGAGAUCCUGGACAUGGACGACUACACCAGGAAGUACCUCGAGGAGGGUGGUGUCAAGAGACACUUCGACCUCGAGGGGGUCUUGCAGAAGCUGCGCGAAGGCAUGCGCCAGCAGUACCCUCUGGCCCGGGAUAUCUUCCGGAAGUUUGAUGCUGAUCACGAUGGCGUGGCAGUCCUCACGAAGACCGAGUUCAAGAACGCUUUGGUGAAGUGGGGCUUCCAGGUGACUGAGGACGAGGCCCUCAUCAUCAUGAAGGCCUUCGACUCGCGUCAGGAUGGCCAGAUCAGUUACAAUGAGUUCUGCGACAGCCUCAUUGACGAGGACUACACACACGUUAUGAUGAAGCAGCGGCCGAAGCUGAACCAGGACGUCGGAAACUACCCAGAGCUGGCAAGGACCAAGCUCGAGGAGCAAGGUGAAAGAGAGAAGAUACGCUCUGCCGUGAGAAACAUGGGAGACGUCGUGUACAAGCACAAUGCAAACUUCAUGCGCCUCCUCAAGGAGUUCGCACACCUAACGCACGAGGACACAGUGACUUGCGAGCAGAUUGUCCGAGCGCUGGACUCCAUAGGCAAGACCUUCUCCCUCGAGGACGUGCAGCGGUGCGUGUCCUACGUCCUGCCAGACUGCGACUUCGAGAAGGUGGCCUACGUGCCCUUCCUGAAGGCGGCUGGGCACUCAGCUUCGCACCGAACUACGAGAUACUACGAGGCUCCGAAAUAUGCGAUGGCCUGGAGCCCCCUCCGCUGUGUGCUGCAGCCCUUCCCAAUACUCGUGGCUCUUCGUCCUUCUCGGGCUUUGGGCCGAGGGACGAUCGGGGUGUAA